AUGGUUACCCUGAACCGGUUAGACGAAAUCUUAAACCCUAAGACCGACAAUCCGGUGGUACGAGUUGCCGCGGUGACCACUCGAGCUGGUCGGGCAGCCGACGAAAUCUUAAACCCUAAGACCGACAAUCCGGUGGUACGAGUUGCCGCGGUGACCACUCGAGCUGGUUGGGCAGGAUCUACUCUUUUACUGCCCUCCCACGCCAAGAUCGGGAGACGAACGCGACCGAUUAAUGAGAUUGGUAGUCCCCGAAACGCUACAGUCGGACGUUUUACACCACUAUCCCACCACCGGAUCAAGGAUCACUUCCAUUGGAGGGGAUUAUACCGGAGUGUUCAAGGAUAUGUGGGGGAAUGCGUGGAUUGCGAGACAGGAAAAGGAAAACCGGUGAUCCGGGGGGAAUCACCGGGGAACUUGCAGGUGAUGUACCCGUUCCAGAUUAUUGCGAUGGAUCGCAUACCGUCGCUACCCAGAUCUCACAAGGGGAACACUGAAUUAUUGAUCUGGGUCGAUCUGUUCACAGGAUAUGUGAUCGCGAAGGCCAGCUCGUCCCGGUCGGCCCAGACGGUUGCGGAAUCGUACAAGGAGUGUGUAUUUCGGCGAUUUGGUGACAGUGAGAUGAUCCGACAUGAUCGAGAACCCGGUUUCAUGUCCGAUUUCUUC